GAGGUUGAAUUUAAGAAAGCCCAAACUAGUUUUAGAGAUUGAAUUUAAGAAAUCUUGACAGGGAUUAUCAAUAAAGUCCACUCCUUCCACCUUCUACCUUGCAAUUCUCUCCAGUCAUCUCUCUCAGGUUCGUGCAAUGGCCUCUUCACCAUUCAAGAAAGUCCAGAUUCAGAGGGACAACGGGACAUUUGAUGCCUACGUGAUUGGGAAAGACAAUGCUCCUGGGAUUGUUGUGCUUCAAGAAUGGUGGGGUGUUGAUUUUGAGGUCAAGAAUCACGCCCAAAAAAUCUCUCAGUUGGGGUCAGGCUACAAGGCAUUGAUUCCGGAUUUGUACAGAGGGAAGGUCGGUUUGGAGGUCGCAGAAGCUCAGCAUUUGAUGGAGGGUCUCGAUUGGCAAGGCGCUGUGAAGGAUAUCGAGGCCUCAGUCAAUUGGCUCAAGGAAAAUGGCUCUAAGAAGGUUGGUGUAACUGGGUACUGCAUGGGCGGUGCUCUUGCUAUUGCAAGUUCUGUUUUGGUACCAGGAGUUGAUGCCGUGGUAUCUUUCUACGGAGUGCCUUCACCUCAGCUUGCAGAUCCUGCCAAUGCUAAAGCUCCAGUGCAGGCUCACUUUGGUGAACUUGAUGGUUUUAUCGGGUUCUCAGAUAUAAAGACUGGUAAAGAUUUGGAAGAGAAGCUGAAGGCAUCAGGAAUCCCCCAUGAGGUUUACUUUUAUCCCGGAAUCGGGCAUGCUUUCAUGAACUGUUCGCCUGAAGGGGCAGAGAGAAGGAAGAAGAUGGGGUUGCACGACAAGGAUGAGGCAGCGGUCGAGCAGGCUUGGUCGCGUUUCAACUCAUGGAUGGGCCGUUUCUUGUCGAAUUGAUCGCCACGGAUUUUCUAAAUCCCUAUCCUAAUGUUGUGAGCAUGAACUGGUAAGAUGGUAAGUGUAUUGUGCUUGUUUAGAGUGUGAUAUUCUCCAUUGUACUACUUUGUUGUGCUUCAUAAAUAAAAGCUUGUUUUGAUUGAAA